AUGACUGACAAAAACCCCAAGAUCUACCAGCAUGCCGACUCAGAUGGUCAUUUCCGGCGAAAAGAUUCGGCUUUUCGAUCCUGGGUGUCUCGGAAUGCAUCGGCUGAAUUCCCUGCCGAACAAGGCCGCUACGUCCUUUACAUCAACUACGGUUGUCCUUGGGCACAUCGUGCCAAUCUAGUCUGGACGCUGAAGGGGUUACAGAAUAUCAUCCAGAGGGUUGUCCUGGACCCUGAGCUGAGUCCGGAAGGCUGGUUUUUUUCGGGUCGUUGGGGAUCUGCCGAAAAGGACCCCUUAUAUGGGUUUAAGUUUCUGAAGGAACUGUAUUUCAAAGCAGACCCACAAUAUGAAGGACGAUACACAGUCCCGACUCUGUGGGACAAGAAGAAGGAGACAAUUGUCAACAAUGAAAGCAGCGAGAUUAUCCGCAUGUUAUAUACCGAGUUUGACGACUUUCUACCCGAGAACUUGCGAGAAGUUAAUCAUCCAGGCGGCGGAUUUUACCCUGAAAAGCUGAGGAGCGAGAUCGAUGUGAUGAAUGCAUGGGUAUAUCCACAGAUCAAUAACGGAGUUUAUAAAACAGGGUUUGCUGCGAGUCAAGAGUCGUAUCUCGAGAAUAUCUACCCACUUUUCGAGGCUUUGGAUCGCAUUGAGGCACAUCUGGGCCAAACGGGACAUCAGCCAUUCCUUUUUGGUGAUCAUAUCACCGAGGCUGACAUUCGUCUUUACACGACUAUUGCCCGAUUCGACGUGGCCUACUAUCAGAUCUUUCGAUGCAAUUUGAAAAUGAUCCGACACGAUUUUCCGUUGAUUGAUCGCUGGUACCGAAAGCUUUACUAUGACGAGUCUGAGUUGACCAGGGGAGCGUUCAAGCAAACGACCUACUUUGAUGCUUACAAAUAUGGGUACUGUAUUGCUAUUGGUCAGAAGACUGGCAAUGCUCAGUUGGUGAUUCCUGCUGGACCUGUCCCUAAUAUCCUUCCCCCAGACCAGAGUACCUAG